AAAGAGCAAGUGAUUGCCAUCAAGACUGAUGGAAAUGAGCAAUUCAAGAAGAUGGAUUAUAAUAAAGCAAUAAGUAUUUAUGAAAAUGCAUUAAAUCUGUGCAAAGGAAACAAUGACUUGAAGGAGGAACAGGGAACAGUCUUGAAAAACAAAGCUGCAUGCUAUCUUAAAAUGGUGAGACCAUUUGUACAACUUUUACAACUGAAAAUUAAAACAUUAAAAAAUAUCGAGAACUUUGUUUUGUUUUAGGGAAACUACAGCAAAGCACUAAAAGACUGUGAAGAAGGUUUGUUUUGGCACAGAACGUUUUACGUGCUUAUUACAUGACGUUUUUGUGUCAUCGACUUAGCCUGAUGACAAUUCCAGGAUUCAAAUUAAAGUUAAAAAUUUCCCAUGGGAAUUGGGUUGUUCCAGAAAAAAUCCACACUCCCCCCACAGAGGAAAUUUCUGCCGUCCGGAUGCCCAGGGAGGGGAGAAAAAAUUGUUUCUGAUAAUAGCAAGUGUAUUAGGACAUCCAACGGGAGUAGGGGGUUAACUUCCAAUUUCCUCCGUGGGGGAGGUAUGGAUGUUUUCUGGAAUGACCCAUUACAAUAUAAGUAUGUCCGCUGAGAAUUUUAUUGGCACUUAUAGGAAUUUAUAUAGGAUUCUAUAGGAUUUGGGCCGAAUCUAAUGAUUUGCCAAAUCUAAUAAAUAAUUUGUACAGGAAUUGUAGUAAGAUUUUUCCAUUUAAGAGUGAUAAACUUAAGGUUCAUUCUCAGCUGUUGUAACGCAAAUUAUAAUAUGUAUUUUACCGAAAAUUUGUAUGUUUAUGCAUAUAUCCUGUUAAAUGACUUGUUGUUUUUGUAGCCCUUCAAUGUUUACCGAAAGACCCAAAGGCACUAUUUCGUAAAUGUCAAGCGUUAGAGAAACUAGAUCGUUUAGAAGAAGCGUAUAAAACAGCCAGAGUUCUUAUUCAGAUUGUCCCUAAGGUAAAUCUCAAACGUGGUGGUCCAGUGUUGGUAGUAUUCUACAAUGAGCUGCCAUGAUUUGUGUCUGAACUACCUGAAAAAGAUAUCUCGAACAGUCAAACGUGGUGAUCCAGUGUAGGUAGUAUUCUACAAAAUGCUGCCGUGAUUUGUGUCUGAACUACCUGAAAAAGAUAUCUCAAACAGUCAAACAUGGUGAUCCAGUGUAGGUAGUAUUCUACAAUAAACUGCUGUGGUUUGUGUCUGAACUAUACCUGAAAAAAGAUAUCUCAAACGUGGUGGUCCAGUGUAGGUAGUAUUCUACAAUGAGCUAGCUGUCGUGGUUUAUGUCUAAACUGCCUGAAAAAGAUAUUUCAAACGUGGUGGUCCAGUGUAGGCAAUAUUCUACAAUAAGUUGUUGUGGUUUGUGUCUGAACUACCUGAAAAAGACAUCUCAAACGUGGUGGUCCAGUGUAGGUAGUAUUUCUACAAUAAACUGUCGUGGUUUGUGUCUAAACUACCUGAAAAAGAUAUCUCAAACGUAGCAGUACUAAUGGUGUUUAAUGAAAACCACGGAAAGAAUACACUUUAAUUUCAUUAAAAUUUAAGGAUACGGCUGUCCAGCAGUUUCUAAGAGAUCUGAGUCAACAAUUACAACAAAAGGUAGGUUUUGUUGGGAACGCUUUUGAUAGAACGAGUAAUUAAUCUCGACAUUAUUAAUUUCAUCUAAACACGUAAAAAUCUUGCAUCUUGUAGCGAGUCUGCCAACAAGCCGUCAACCAGUUGUGUUCACACUACUUAAUUGUCCCAAGUUGUCAAUAAGUUUGAAACAAGCUGUAACAAACUUGGAACAACCUUGUUGAUAUCAGAUUUGUUACAAUGUUGUUCCAACAAGUCCGAUACAGUCAUGAUAUAACAAUAUUGUUACAAUCUUAUUGUGUCGCCAACCUUGUAACGUUCUUGUUAUAUCAUGACUGUAUCAGACUUGUCAGAACCACCUUGUAACAAGUCUGAUAAUGCCAUCAAGCUUGUCACAAGUUGUUAACAGCUUGUUCCAAACUUGUUCCAACAACUAGGAAGCAAAAUCAUCCUGUAGGCAUGCUCUAUAAGUUGCUGAGAUAUAAUAUGUGUGUCACUAAGUCUAAUCCAGUUAAAGUGGCUUUACCUUGUUUUAUCAUGUUAAUUGACAACUCGUAAUCAUACCAAAAGCAAUGAAAACAGCAGCUUUUCACGCCCCUCGUGGAAAUCAGCUUCGGUUGACGGAGUUAGCGUGAUUAAAUAACGUUUUUCUAUCUAUCUAGCUUAUCUACACAAUUUGUCGACAAACUUGUGCGUUUUUACGUUUGUAGACUGAUAAACAGAACACGACAGAUGGCAUGGUAGACACAAUGUUUACAGCUGUGUUUGAUGAAAAUGAACCCAAUGAACGAAAGGUCCAGGUAUGGAAAUAAAUUUGAAACUGAAUUAUUUCCAUGCAAUAUAUUUCGAUGAGAAGGCUGAGAUGUGGCUGUAAAUCUUCUCUUCACAGGCAAUGAAAAACCUGAUUAUUUUAGCGAACAAAGAUUCCGGUGCAGAUAUAAUAUGUAACGCAGGUAAGAAUGGUGUCUUCUUAAAAAUAGAAUUUAUCAGAAAAUAUUUGUGCUUAAUGAAUGAUGAUGGCUUAAAUUAAUAGUCAUUUUAAUGUGAAAUUGAAGUUUUAGGUUAGGCUUAUCAUCUUGUAUAUUUGUUUCCAAGGUGGGAUAACCAAAUUAUCGAAAGUUCUUGAAGUUGGAAAUGAAGAACUCAGACAUCUUGCGAUCAAAGUUGUUGCAGUUCUGUGCAAAGGCAGUGCAGUCCGGGUAUAAAUAAAAUUUAUGGUUUCGCUUCUAUAUAUACUGUAUGUGAAUUCAUGCUCAAUUAAAACGUAAACGACCUCAGAAUGCAAUACAGUUGUUUAAUAUAAUAUGGUUACUUCCGAAUUAUAUAGGCCGCAAGAGUAUUUGAAAGUUUAAAAGGACGAUUAUCGCCUUGUAUAAAAUCGGUAAGUUUCACAGAUAUGGUUUUAUUUGUUAAGUUUGUGCGACCCAUUAACGUUCAUUUGUGUGGGACCUCCUUUGGUCAUUUGGGCACGGAUUAAACCAAGAUCUUAGCAAAUUUGCUGUGAAUUUUUCCCAUCCGAACAACAAUCUCUAGUUCAGAAAAUACCCUUGCUUAAUCCGAGGCUCUCGUUUAGUCCUUUGCUUUGUACUGCUUUCUGAUCUUGUGAACCAUCCUGCUCAUAAGUUGUCCAUUGCCUGGGUUGAGCUUAGGGCCUUGCUGACCGUCUUGAGGAUUGCUGCACGAUUUGAAUUUUGGCUUCCAAAAGCAUUCCUUGCUAUUGGGUAACGACAGACAACACAAAUGCUUGGAUACGAUUCUAUAAGAUGGCAACGUACCAUUCGAUCAGGAAAAUAGGCUGAUAACAUGAGGAACCAAAAAUCGUGCAAAAGUCGUGAGGUGCCAGCAAAAGUCCUAAACUCAACCCAAUGGAGAAUCUAUAGCGGAAAUUUUGACAAAUUGAAAAGUCUAUAUAAAUUAAUUCUUAUUAUUUUCCCAGAAAUCAGGAGAACUUUGCGACAGUGCUAUAGGCCUCGUAAGCCAAUUCAUUCAAUCCACCGUGAGACAACCGACUGCCAAAGAAAAACAGAAAGACGAACAACCACCAUUAGGUAUCGAAUUUUUAAAAUUAAACUCAGUUCAAUCUCAACUCCACCAAAAUUAAACCAGCCAUCAUAUCAUCAUUAUCAGUUUUAAACUGUUCUUCCUGGAGAUCCUGUAAGAGACAUUGCUCGUAUGUUACUACAAAAGGAAACUGAAGAACGCUUGUGGUAUUUUGUCGAGUCAAACUGAAAAGACUUUUCAAACAUCUGAAAAAUACAAAAUUAUACAAUCAGAUAAAUCCACAUUACACGAAUGGAAUCGAAAUAUACAUGUAUACUGUAUAUGUGCAACAGGAAUAGUAUAGAAAUGUUUCUGACAUGAGGGUGCCAUAGUUGGUCUGUUACUUCUUUGUUUUCAACCAAAUACCACAAAGGUACAAUUAGCAUUCUGUUUUCUUGAUUUACUUUCUAUUUUUAGUUUAUAAAGACGAACUGAAGUUUUCUUGUUCUGUAUUGCUGGAUAACCUAGUGGAUCCCAGGUAAGGGAACGAUAGCUCGUCUAUGGUUGCUAUGAGCUUUAAAAAUUCUUAAUAUUGUGAAAAAUCUUUCAGUGUGAAUGCAAGGAACCGAAACUCUAUUAUCGAAUGCGUCAUCACGGCAAUACCUGGGAAUAAGAAUAUGGUCCUGUUAUUUGUCGAAAUGGAAGGUCAGUAAGCUUGUUUUUUACCAACUAAAUACAAGUCAUAGUGCCGAAAUUUGUUUUUCGCUUCGUGCGAACAAACAUGCUUUACGGGGUAUAGGGUUUUCCUGCACACAAAACACCAAACGUCAUAUUGUUUAUUCAAAUAAUUUUUGCUACAGGUAUACGAAAGUUACUCCAAGUAGCAGCUCAAUCAUCUUGUAUCUGGUCAAACUCACAGUCUUCUCUAUCAGUGGAUAAGGCAACGAGAAUGCACAUCUCUGUCGCGUUGUCAAAGCUGUACGACAGUCUAGGGUAAACUCUCAAUAAUGUAAAUGAUGCUUUAUGUAGAUGACGUACUUUCUGGAAGCGUAUAUUAAUGGAAGUUUUGAUAUUCUAGGUAUAAAGAUACAGAUAAAGAACAGUAUUUGAAGGACUGUGAUACAGUAGUAUGGUGAGUAUAUAAUCGAAAGCCGACAAGCUUAACCCUAGGUUAUCCUAAAAUUGAAAGCACACUUUCCAACAGUUUGUUUAUAAAUUUGGAAAUAUUCCUUUAGAUAUUUUUUCUGGAUCAGUAGGAGUUUUCUUUUCUGAAGUAUUACAACAAAAGGAUGUACAGAAAUACAUAAACUAAAUUUUGUUGAAUUUUAACCGAGGUUUAAGGCUAAUCCAGUUUUGAACAACCACCCCCAGAUGUAUAUUAUGUUUUCUCAUUUUCUAAUGCUUCUUUGUGUUUGUUUUCUAAUUUCCAGUAAAUAUAUUGAAAGUUCUGAAAUAGCUGUACAGAUUAAUGGACUGGCAGCAUUAUGUGCCGUUCUACAGGUAUGUUUGUUUAACUGAAACAUUCUUCUGUUUACAGUACCUUCGUAAGCUUUGUUUCCAUACCAUGUCCCACCAUACAGCAACAUAUUAUACCAUGUUUUACCAUACAGUAACAUACCAUGUCCAUAUCAUGUAACACCAUGCCAUACCAACCACACCAUAGCAUACCAUACCAUACCAUACCACAGCAUACCAUACCAUACCAUAUACUAUAACAUACCACACCGUAACAUACUAUAACAUACCAUACUAUAACAUACCAUACCACAUCACACCAUACUAUACCAUACCAUACCAUACCAUAACAGACCAUACCAUACUAUACCAUAUUAUACCAUACUAUAACAUACCAUACUAUAACAUACCAUACCACAUCACACCAUACCAUACCAUACCAUACCAUACCAUACCACAUCAUACCAUACCACACCACACCAUACUAUACAUACCAUACCAUACCAUACCAAUUACCACAUCACAGCACACCAUACCACACCAUACCAUACCAUAACAUACCAUAUCAUACUAUACCAUACCAUAUCAUACCAUACCAUACCAUACCACACCACACCAAUUACCACAGCACACCAUACCAUACCAUACCAUAUCAUACCAUACCAUACCAUACCAUACCAUACCAUACCAUACCAUACCAACCACACCAUACAAAACGACGUCCAUACCCUUGUCGAUCUUACACAAACCUAAUACUCCAUCGUAACGCAGUCUAUCCCUGAGACAACCCUUAGACACGUUAACAUCCUAGCUCAUUGUAUUUCUGUUCCAUAUUCCAGGGCGCUCACGAUGCCGCCGCAGCCAUCCUAACAAAAACUGAAAUCACUGAAACCGUAUUUGAAAUUGCGCAAUCAGACAAAAUACAUGGUCAGGUCAGACAAUUUUUAUAACUAACCAUACUGAAUGCAAAACAGAAUCAUCUUGGUAAAUAUACAGAUUAUGUUAUGCGCAAUAUGACGUGUUUCUGUUUGUAUUUUAGAUCGCUGCUGCUGAAGUGAUUGCGUUAGCCGCUUCUAACAAACAACGUUGUAGUGAAAUUCAUAACAAGGUAUGCGCGAGAAACAGAACUCCUGCUUAAAAACGUUCUCUCGACAUUUAUUUAUCUCACAAUGCUCGCUGUACUACAAACAUACAUUACAUGACUUAAGCUUUGCAAACCGAUAACUCUCUAUUUCUAUCGGGCGCCCAGCAUUGUGUGAGAAACAUUUCCUGCUUCUUUCAUACCUCAGCCAGCGGAAAAUAACACAUUUGUUAUACAUUUAAAAGUUUUCUACAUUCUCGUUCUAUAUAGGGAAUGUCUGUUUUGAAAAAUUUAUAUAAAUCUACGAAUGAAGAUCUCCAAGUCCGAGCGCUUGUGGUGAGUUGUUUUGAAAACGCAAUAUAGCAUUCGUUCACGUAAAUGCAAGUGUAGGACAAAUCUCCCAAGCUGCAAACAGACUUAAAAGUAUGUUUAGUGCUUUAUCUGUAAAAUAAUGCUAAAAUGAAGAGAUUUUAGAUGGUACGCCAAAGAGAAAAUGAUGCCUGAAGUUCAGUAAGUUUUGCUUACUGUAUAUUGCUGUAUAAAUAUGGCGUCAAUUUUAUAGUUUUACAAUUGUAUUUAAAUUGACAUUAUUUAACUACUAUUUUGUGUUUCUCAACCGCCAGACACAUUUAAAAAGGUUGCUAACUGUGUGAACUGCAAAAUAAAGAGCUAAACCAAAGUAAUUUUGAGAGGAACGCCAAAAAGAUUUUAGGAAAAAAAUUGCCUCUUAAUGUGUUAAAUGUAUUCCCUUCUAGGGAAUGUGCAAAGUCGGUUCAACCGGGGCUGGUGAUGUUAAUUCGAAAGUCUACAAGAAAGAAACUACUCUGAAACUUUAUAAUUCUGCUAGAAGGUGUGUGAGGGCUUUUCUCAAGAAAUUCUUGUUCGCCUGUGGGAAACUUAACGUCGUCGUUUUUGUUAUUUUUGUUACAGUUAUCUCGUGAGGCCGAAAGAGGAAAUGGAACUGAGAAAAUGGGCUUCGGAAGGGCUUUCGUUUCUCACGUUAGAUGCCGAUGUUAAAGUAUGAAUUUUGCCUAAAACUGUCGCAUGCAGCCUGCUUAGAACUCGAAUUGUACUGUGUGAAUCAAGCUCACGACUCACUUACGUUGUAGGGGAGUUUUGUGCUUGAUUUACACAGUACAACUCAAGUUGUAAGCAGGUUGCAUGCGACAGUUUUAGUCAAAAGUUGUGUAGUGUAAAUCGGCUUUUACAUUGAAACAUUCAAUAUUGUUUAGUGUUUUUAUAACUUACAGAAUAUUGUGAUUUUAGGAGGAAUUGAUCCGAGACAGUACAGCUUUAAGAGCUUUGUUGGAUUUGGCAAAGGCAAGAGUGGGUAGUAGCGAAGUAGUUGUAGUUCGCUACUGUAGCGAACUACAAUUUUCAAGUAGCCAGUAGUUUUUGACUACAUUUUUAAAACAGUAGCUGUAGUUAUAGCGAACUACAUUUUGCCUAAAAGUAGCCAAGUAGUUGACUACUUUUCAAACAGCAAAUCGCUAUUCGCUACUUUUAAAAAUUGUUAACAACUUGAUAGAAUAGCAUGAUAUUGAGAUACGGUUUGCUUAAAAUCGAUACUCAAUAGUCAAUUUGCACUCCUGAGCACUGUAGUGAUUACAAAAAUGUUGCUUUGUGUUUACUGUUGCUACUCGUAAGUCUAUUUGUUAUAGGUUACAUUACAGUCUGAGUUAGUAUAGAUGCUCCAAAUACAGUAAAACUAAAAGAUAUAGCGUAGGCGUAGCGAAAUAGUUCGCUACAUUUUUUAAGCAGUAGCUAUAGUCAGUAGCGAACUACCUUUGUUCAAAAGUAGCAGUAGUUGUAGCUGACUAGAUAUUUUUGAAGUAGCUGUAGUUAUAGCGAACUACAAAAAUUUUGUAGUCAACCCACCCUUGGGCAAAGGUAAUGACAUCCUUGGACCGGUUCAGUGAACUCUAAGGGAACUGGAACGAUAACUUGGCGGCCAUCUUUGAAGCCAAAUUGAAGGCCGCCAUGUACGUAUGGAGUGAAAAAUACGCCACCAAAAAGAUGUCUGUUUUUGAGCACUAAAUAGCCGUAUUUCAACAAGGAAAAAAGCUAAAAACUUUCAACAAUACCUGAAAUUUAAUACAAAACAUGUUUCCAGAACGUAGAGCAGUUAUAAAGUUCUUUUUUCAGGAGUCAAAGUGCGAAGUUUUUUUCGGCACGUUCAAAUUUCUGUAAUAUUUUGAAUAUCAAGCUGUUACCCAGGAAGUUUUUGCUGUUAGUGGAUGUAAAAUACUUAGAACUAUCCAGGAAACCAGGUUUGAAUCUUUAAAGUUGAAGCCUUUUGAUAAAAAAAGUACUUUUUCUUGCUGAUUUUCGCUCAAAAACAAACUUUUGACUGAAUUUCCCGCUCCUCGAAACUCUCCCCAGUCCUUUUGAAAGUUAAUUUAUUGAUAGCCGUGCUCGCGAGAAGCGCCAUUGCACGUUGUUACAAUCUGCAUGCAAGUUCUAACAAGGUUGUUGUCAAGCCGAUAUCAGGAUGUGUUCGCACUUCGCACUGCUUGUUCCCAGCUGUUGUGACAAGUCUGGAACAAGUUGUUAUCACCUUUGCUUGUUACAAGGUUGUUGACGAUAACAGGCUUGGUGCAAGUCGUUCCGAUCAGAUUAAUACAGGCUGUUUGUAACAAGUUGCUACGAGCUUCUUGUUCUGUAUCAGACAUUCAGACUUGUUAGAACAACCUUGUAACAAGUCUGGUAUUGCCAUCAAGCUUGUUACAAGUUGUUAAACAGCUUGUUCCAAACUUGUUACAACAAGUAGGAACAAGCAGUUCGAACACAACUUGUCGACAGCUUGUGAACAGAUUUGUAACAACUUGUUUGCAGACCUGUUUUUACGUGUGUAGUUCAUACCAACCAUGAAUUCUUCCUUCGUUUUAGCUCGAAGACAGUUCUCUGUUGUACGGUGUCUGUCAAACUCUUGUCAAUCUCACAAACAGCUACGAUAAACCCGAGCAGAAUGAAAACGCGGAAAAAAUGAAGGAACUUGGAAAAUUUGCAAAAGUUAAUAUUCCUGAAUUUGAUGAAAAGGUCUGUGUUUGGCUUCCUUGUUUUGAUCGAAAAUGUUCCACAUACAAAAACCGACACAAUUUUAGAAUAUACUGACAAAUGCAUUUUCUGCAAUUGCAGUAUUUCUUGUUUCCCUUUUCCAGGAUAAUGAAGAAUACGUACAGAAAAGAAUUAGUGUAUUAGUUAAGGUACUCUAUGGUGUAAUUUUUUCAAUUAUUAAUAUGCAUACUCGUAACUUGUGGGUUUUUUCACUUAUUCUCAUAAUAAGCUUGAUUCAUGUAAUACGUUCAAGUGUUUCAUUGAACAACUGGUCUUUUCGUUCCCUUAAAAACACAGAAUAUGAAUGACCAAUUGUCUAUCCUAAAUGUUAUGUUUUUCUUUUAAAUUUAGGAAGGAGUUGUGAAUGCUCUUGUUAAUUUGGCAAAACCUGAGAGCAAGCAAUGUCGAGAAAUGAUUGCGAGGUAACGUAGGUUACAGUCCUAAAUAUCCUUUUGUAUCCUAUAAAGCUCCCAAAUAUCCUUUUGUAUCCUACAAAGCUCCCAAAUAUUCUUUUGUAUCCUAUGAAGCUCCCAAAUAUCCUUUUGUAUCCUAUGAAGCUCCCAAAUAUCCUUUUGUAUCCUAUAAAGCUCUCAAAUAUCCUUUUGUAUCCUACAAAGCUCCCAAUAUCCUUUUGUAUCCUAUGAAGCUCCCAAAUAUCCUUUUGUAUCCUACAAAUUUCCCAAAUACUUUUUGGUAUCCUAUGAACCUCCCAAAUAUCCUUUUAUAUCCUAUAAAACUUCCAAAUAUCCUUUUGUAUCCUUUAAAACUCCCAAAUAUCCUUCCGUAUCCUUUAAUUGAUCCAAUUAGCAUUAUGUCCUUUUUGUUAUUGCUCUAGAGUGUUUCAUGGUAUUGUCACAGUUCAAGAACAUCGAGGUCUCGCCGUUCAGCAAGGCGGAGCUAAGGUAUGUAAUAUAUAGUUUUUUUAUAUAAAGUUUUACAUUCCUUUGCGGAAAUUGUAUAAUAGUUUUUACGCUGCUUGUUUUAGGCUUUGCUCCCGCUGACCACUGUAAACACAGACCGAGGCAAAGAUAUCGCUGCUCAUGCUUUAGCAAAGAUCGCCAUUACUAUGAACCCGGAUGUCGCUUUUCCUGGACAGAAGGUAUGCAAAUU